AGGCCGUCCGCCUUUACUUCCAAAUCCUUAUCCUAGCCUCUGCGCCUGCUGUCAGAUAUACCGCUGCCCCCAAAUUUCCUCUCCCUCUCAUCAGCUCUUAACCGCCUCUCUUCGUUUUCUGUUUCCUUUCCAUCUCUCGCUCCUUCCCUCUCUCCUUCUCUUUCUCCUCCUCUCGAAUCCCUCGAACCGUCGCGGCGCGCAUCUUGCCCACGAUUUGCGACGAGUUUAGAGGGUAGGGUUUCGAUCCAUGGCGCUGGUUCUCGACGCCAUUGUCGAGAUCUUGCGGAAGCCGAGCGUGUGGAGCGUCGUCUCCGAGCUCCUCCUCUUCGUGAGCCCCAUUUGGAUCGCCGUGCUCGUGGGGCUCCUGGUGGGUUGGGCGUGGAAGCCCAAAUGGGCGGCGGGGCUCGUCGGAGGUGAGCACGAAGGGUCGGGAUCGCCCCGGACCCUUCCGCGGUUCGAUUUUUGGAGGCCUCCCAUUCCCGGCUUCGCCUCCUCGUUCGCUCCUCAACAAAGCACAUCCAGGGAGGAGGAGAUUGUAUCACGCUCGCCGGUCGCGGGAACUCAGAAAUUGGCUGUGAGUGGAGAUGAUUUGGUGCAUUUAUGGCGCCUUGUUGAGGAGACAGAUGGGGGACCGCUGUGGCAUCAGAUGAUGGAUAAGACGCUGCCCAGCAUGAGCUAUAAGGCAUGGAGGAGAGAUACUGAGGACGGCCCUCCACAGUAUCGUAGUAGGACUAUCUUCGAAGAUGCAACUCCAGAAGUGGUGAGGGAUUUCUUUGGGGAUGAUGAAUUUAGAAUGAAGAACAAGUGGGAUGACAUGCUUAUCUACCACAACACAUUAGAAGAGUGCCCAACAACAGGAACCAUGGUUGUUCAUUGGGUCCGGAAGUUUCCCUUCUUCUGCAGUGAUAGGGAGUAUACAAUUGGUCGCCGAAUAUGGGUGUCACAGAGAGCUUAUUAUUGUGUGACAAAGGGAGUUCCAUCCUCAACCGUACCCAGGCGCAACAAGCCCAGACGCGUCGACUUGUAUUAUUCAAGCUGGUGCAUUCGAGCAGUGGAAUCAAGAAGAGGGGAUGGCCAGAUGACAGCCUGUGAGGUUCUGCUGUUCCAUUACGAGGACAUGGGUAUCCCUCGGGAGAUCGCAAAGCUCGGCAUUCGGCAGGGCAUGUGGGGCUGCGUCAGAAGGAUCGAGCCAGGCCUUCGGGCUUAUCAGACGGCCAGGAUGAACGGGGAGCCCUUAUCUCCAAGUGCCUUAGCAGCCCAGAUCAACACCAAGUUCAAUCAUGAACUUAUAACAUCGUUGGAAGCUAAUAAUAAUGGCGAUUCAUCAGACAUCUUGGAAGCAACAGAAGAGAAACCAUGGGGCGGCAAAAUACCAAAAUUGCUUUUGCUGGGAGGGGCAGUGGCACUUGCUUGCACUUUUGAUCAGGGGCUAUUGACUAAGGCAGUCAUAUUUGGGGUUGCUAGGAGGUUUGUAAGGCAGAGAAAGGGGUUGUAACCGAUGAAUCUUCAUCCAAUGUUCUUUAUCGGCGGCUUGCUUUGGCCAGAUUCAAUUCAUAGCAGUGCAUGGCGGGAAGAGAGGUUGUAGUAGUCUGUGUAUUUCAAUUGGAAAAGGGAAUGAAUGUUUACUUAUAUAGUAAAUUUAAGUUUGUUAAUCUUACUUUUCUCUUUUUCUGCCCUCCAGUAGAUUUUCUUUUCCAUAGGCACAUUUAAUGUCGUUGUUUUUUUGGUUAGUUCCGUUCGUGAGAAGCAGGCUAGUUCGCUCUUUUUAAUCCGUCCAGAGUGUAUAAAAAAAAACAACUUGGCCUACCCGCCCCUGUAUUAAUUCGACUCCUUGGACUCUGA